UAAUAUUCUCUGUUAUUAUUUAUUUUAUUAUAUAGAUAGGAGUAUAAUAGGUCUGUCGUUUAAAUGAAAAUAGCUAAACAUCUUUUUUUCUCAUCGUUUUAUCAGUAAAAUGCACUUGGAUAAAGGGAAACUGUCUUAAAGGAGUAUAUCUUAUAGAAAGAUCACCUUUUUUUUUUACAUGAAUUGAUUUCGCGUAUCAUUCUAAAUGAAAAGAAUAUUACAAUAAAAUGUUAACGAACGGUUACUAUGCAGAAUAUUAACAAAGAAAUGUCUGGUGAUUCAUAUAAUCGUAUAAUAAAAAAACAAGCAGUAUUUUUAUCGAGAUUGGAAAAAUCGCCGAAUGAGUUGCAUAUUUACGAUCAUAUUUUUCUUUUUUUUUAUUAUUCUAUUUGUAAAUGCAUAUAUACUAUUCCAUUAUUAAAUUAUUUCAAUUUAAAUGUCGCAACCAAUAUAAUAGUUCAAUGCAUAAAGAAAGAUCAAUAUAUAUUCUUUAUUCAUUUAUUUGAAAAACAUGAAAUACAUAUAUACAUAUAUACAUAUAUAAAACGUUCGAGCGUGAAGUUUUACACGGUUUUUUAUUUUUUCUUGACUAUAAUGCUUAUCGAAACUCUUAAAGAAGAGAAGGUUUAUUCUCUUUAUGCAACUAUUUUCGUUUCCAAAGAGCUAAUAGAAUAUCGUAGCAUUUAAUCGCGUAAAGAGAAGCACUGUAAAUCUCUACGCAUCGUUGAAGCCCUAUCUCGUUCGAGAAUACUUCCGACUAUGUGUAGUCAGUAGGGCAGUAGUAACUAGUUGACUAUCAGUCAAUGUGAAUAUCAGUCAGAAUAUCCUUUUUGGCCCUUGAGGUGUACGAGGUGGUAUCCGGUUUAAAUCUUUAACAAGUGGUCUCUGGUAUAGCAGGAGUUACUCAGAUAAUAUGAAUUUGUUGACUUUCAUGAAGCUGGGCUACGCGAUGCUGAUAGUGACCCUAUUAUUGAUGGUUUGGUCUUCGAUGGUUCGAACCCACGAGUUACCAGUUCAAUAUCCACCCUGUUUCUUCAAUCCUCUUUGUACAUGUUCAAAAGCAAUACCGGAUCUUGGAAUAGUUUCUUGUUAUAAUGUACCAAUGCCAAGAAUACCUCAACCUAUUAAUUCAUCAAAAGUGUUUAUGCUUCAAUUGGAAAACAAUGGACUGACCUUUUUGCAACCACAGUUUCUCAUAAAUACAGGUCUUUACAAGCUACAAAUCAAACAUAAUCCCUUGGCCGACAUCCCGGACGAAGCUUUCCUAGGGCUUGAGAGAUCGUUAUGGGAGCUAGAGUUACCCUACAAUAGAUUAUUUAAAAUACCCAACAAGUCAUUUAGACAUUUGCAAAAAUUACGUCUUCUCGACUUGACAGGUAACAAAAUAUCGAAUAUAGCGCCGGAAAAUUGGCGUGGGCUCGAGGAUUCGUUACAAAUCCUUCGUCUUGGUCGUAACGCGAUUGAAAAGCUUCCGGCCGAUGCAUUUGCUGGUUUAUCGUCAUUAGAAAUCCUUGAUCUACGAGAAAAUACUUUGAAAGAGAUCGAUGCGUCCGUGUUUAGAGAUGGCAUGGCUAAGCUGACACAUCUAUAUUUAAAUGACAAUCAGCUGGUUUAUAUACCAUACGCCCAAUUAUCCUCGUUGAAACGUAUGAAGGUUCUUGAUCUAAGCUACAAUAGAAUCUCGAAAAUGCUUCAUCCGCUUCAAGAGCCUGAAUUAAGGGGUGUCCAAAUGUCCUUGGAUAUUCUUAGAUUGGAUUAUAAUCAAAUCGCUACAUUAAUGCCUACCGAUUUUCAACAUUUUUAUAAAGUCAAUAAAACUUAUUUAAAUGGCAAUCCCUUGGCCGUGAUCGAGAGCGGAGCAUUUCGUGAUUCCAGAAUCAAAGAAUUGUACUUUAGCGAUUGCAAUUUGAUCGAUGUUAAUUCGGCUGACUUUUCAGGCCUCGAAACUUCUCUAGAAUUAUUGGAUCUCUCUGGAAAUAAUAUAACCAACCUUCAGAAUCAUAUCUUUCAAGAAUUUGACUUUUUACGUACGCUUAUUUUUCGUGACAAUCGAAUAGAUACAUUUUCACCAGUCGAAGUGUUCAAUGGUUUUCAAUAUUCUCUCUAUAACUUGGAUUUAAGUGGAAAGGAAAAUACUGUUAUAUCUUUACAAGAUUUACGACAAAUGAGAAAUUUAAGAUUCUUAUCAAUUUCGAGAAUGCCAGAGCCAACGUUAGUGCCAGAAAACUUUUUAGAAUUUGGCAUGGACAUCAAGGAAUUGCAUAUAAUCCAAAGUAAUUUGAACACUAUAAAGAAUCAUGCGUUCACGCAUGUUCGUGGAAUUAAAUAUUUGGAUUUCUCCGAAAAUUCAAUUUCUAAUAUCGAGGAUGAUGCUUUUUCUGAGGUUGGUAAUUCUCUGUUGACUUUGAGAAUAUCGCAUGGUUUAUCAAGUACUAUUACUGAAAUACCAAACAAGCCAUUCAAAUCUUUAACGAAUCUCCAGCAUCUUGACUUUAGCAAUAACAAAAUUAAAUCGAUGCCCGACACGUCUUUUCAUUUCUUAAAAAGAAUAAAACGUAUCGAGCUACAGGAUAACGAGAUCGAUGCAAUUCCGAAAGGAACCUUUCAGGGUGACAUACAUUCAAUGCUGGAGGAAGUAAAUUUUGCAUAUAAUCAAAUAAAGAGCAUACAAACUCAUACGUUUGUGGAUUUGUUGUCCCUAACGACGAUUAACUUGGAGGAUAAUGCCAUUAAGAGAAUCGAGAGACGUGCUUUUAUGAACAUGAAUCGUUUGAAGUAUAUAGAUUUACGUGGUAAUAAGAUCAAUGAUAUUACUGAUGAAGCAUUUCAGAAUUUACCAGACCUCGAAUUUCUUGACUUGGCUUAUAACGAACUGAACGAAUUCGAUCUCACUUCAUUCGAUCAAGUCGGAACAUUAUCCUCAUUCAAAGUCAAUGUUAGCCAUAACCAGAUACCGAAAUUGUGGAUUAACAGUACGACUUUUACACCACCAACUACAAUCGGUGGCAACGUACAAGCCAACAUCAAAGUUUUAGAUCUCAGUUAUAAUAAUAUAUCCGACAUUAUGAAAUACUAUUUUAAACCAGUGGAAUAUUCUCUUAGUCAUUUAUACAUGUCGCAUAAUCAACUGACUAAUGUAACUCAAGGAAUAUUUGGCAACAUGCCUCAUCUACAGUGGCUCGAUUUAAGUCACAACGAUUUAAUCGAGGUCGAUUUCGAUUGCUUUAGAAAUACGAGGAAUCUACAGGUUCUCUUUCUCUCGUGGAACGAUAUCGUUGACAUACCGGCUGAGGCGUUGAGACCAUUGAAAAAAUUACGUAUCGUUGAUUUAUCUCAUAACAAAUUGAGAACUCUACCUGACAAUAUGUUCACAGAUGCCAUCAUCGAGAGUCUUGAUCUCUCGCAUAAUCAAUUUAUGAGACUUCCUGUUAAGACUAUGUCAAUCUCUGCGGCAUUGAGUCUAUCUAUUUUAGAUAUGUCUUGGAAUACUUUGUCAGGCAUUCACACGACCGAUGCUAUUUUCAGAUUGAGAGGAUUAACGUGGUUGGAUCUUUCGUAUAAUCGUUUAGUUAGAUUGGACGACGGAGUAUUUUCCGAUUUACCUUAUUUGUCUCAUCUUGACUUAAGUCACAAUAAACAAUUGAUAUUAGAAACUCGUGGAAGAACUUUUCACGGAUUGGAGGAUACAUUAUUUUAUCUUGGUCUAAGUAACAUUUCCUUAUUGAGCGUACCAGAAUUACCUUUAACGCGAUUACAAACUUUAUAUUUGGCACAUAAUGAAUUGGCUUCGAUACCAGCCGAAAUGGCAUCGAAUUUAACAUCAUUGCAUUACUUGGAUCUAAGUUACAAUGAUUUAACAGUGGUACCUUUGAUCACGCACACACUACCAGAAUUGAAGACGUUUAAUCUCGCUAAUAAUCCGAUCACGGCCAUCACCAAUACGAGUUUCUUAGGCGUGGCGGAUAGCCUUGAAGAGUUGGACAUACGAUGGUUAUCUCUGUCGACGUUCGAAGCAGGGGCUCUUUGUAAGGCAACAAAAUUACGUAGAUUAUAUAUAACAGCUUACACGGGUUUAAAAAAUUUCAAUUUUCCAAAUAUUCUGGAGUACAAUCAUGGUUUAAGAGACUUGUUGAUUGAUGUCGAAAACGAGACGGAUUUGCAGAAAGAAAUGAAAGGAAAAUUUCCAUUCAAAUUGUAUAAUAUCACGCUCACUGGGAAAGCUUUAAAAGUUAUUAAUUCAGACAUAUUACGCGGAAUAAGAAAUCCUCAUUUACAUUUUGGAUUAUAUAAUACCAGCGUAAGUAGCGUGCCAAAAGAGAUGUUUAUUAAUGCUGAAUGGGUAAGGAACAUAACGAUUGACCUUCACCAUACCGAUACAAGAACGCUUCAUAAUCCGUCCUCUGGUCAUAAACCUGGUCUACCGAGAAAACAAUUUCUAAUGAAGCUCAGACUGGCUGGAACUUAUUUGAAUUGUGAUUGCGAUAUCGGAUGGAUUGAAAUGUGGCAGAGAAAGCACAGACAAUAUCAAGAAGAUAGAUGCAAUUCUUACGGGGAAUUUAAUAAUUUCGAACGCGAGGAAGGCGACGAAUUUAACUGCUGGGACAAUGGCUGGGACGAUGACAUUCGAGAGACCUUUUGCAUGAACAAAAAUAACAUGUCACUCUCCAAUGUCUUGAAAACAGAAAUCGAGUGUGGUUGGAGUACUGGGAGUUACAUUGACUCCUCUAACUUGUUAAUUUGUUUGCUUUUCUUGAUCAUAAGAAUGAUCUUAAAUUAAAUAUCUCUUUCUUUCUCUCUUUCUGAUAUUUGUUUCAUUCCAAACGAAAUAUUUCUGUUUCCGUAAUUAUUAUUUAUUUCGCACAUUGUUAUUCAUAAUUUUCUAUAGACGUAUAUAUAUCGCGUUUUCAUUUGUGCGUUUUUAUUUCAUUUCAUUUUAUUUAUUUUUUG